AAUCCAUAAUAUGUUUAUGAAAAAAGUUGAACCGAUUCAACCAUUCCUAAACCUUAAACUUUGCUUAAACCAAAUUGAACUUCAAUUGCACUCCCUACAAAUCUACAAAUUCAACCCAUCUCCUAAUCUUAACUUCAAUUAGGAUACACCCUAAGUCCCUAACACAAUCAUUAAAAAAAAUAAAUAAAUAAAUAAAAAAAAAUAACCAAAUCCCUUUAACUUGCACUCUAUCACCCCUCCUCUUUCCCCUUUCUCUCUCCUCUCCUUCCUCUGUAUUCUACAAUGAAUUUCUUCAAAUCUGUCUUCGCAGACGAUGACCCCGAACCCGAUCCUCAAUCACCACAAUCGUCUCCCAAACAACAACCCCUUCAACCUGAACCCGAACCCGAACCGGAAUCCGAAGAUCAAUCCACAGCACCACCCACAUGGGGUUUCGUCGGCGGCUUAAUCAAAACCUUCGCAACAAAAUCCGAAUCCGUAAUCGAAACAUACCGUCGUGAUUUGCAGGAAUUCAGCUCUGGUUUAAAGAUAGAAACCCAGGUUUUCAAAGAGGUUGCAAGUUCAUCUCUCGAAGUUGGUGCAUCAAAAGCUCAAGAAUCCCUUGAAUCUGUUGGUCAAGCAAUUGAUAAUAUUGGAUCUGUUGUUUGGAAAUCUACUGCUCAGAUUAUUGCUCAAGGUAGUGAUUCGGACCUUGAGAACCCGGAUUCGAGCCCGCGAUCGAAUCCGGGUUUGAAUUUGAAUCCGACUGAUGGGAGGAAGUAUAGUAGGUUUGAUGCGCAGUUGAGGGGGAUUCAAUGUGAUGUGAAUACGUAUGUUGAGGAAUUUGAGGAUGUGGGUGAGUUUGAGAAGUGGAAAUCGUCGUUUUAUUUGGGGGAAAAGAGCGAAGAAAUGGGGAAUUUGAUGAGGGAAAAUGGGGUUAUGGAAGGGAUUUAUAAAAGGGUUGUUCCCAAUUUGGUUGAUCAUGAUUUGUUUUGGUUUAGGUAUUAUUUUAGGGUUUAUAAAUUGGAGCAAGCUGAGAGUGUUAGGGCCAAAUUAGUCGAAAGAGCGAAUGAGGAUGAAGAAUUGAGCUGGGAUGUUGAUGAUGAUGAAGAUGAUGAAGUGAAACAUGAAGAAGUUGGUGGUGGUGAUAAUGUAGGGGAGGAGGAGAAGGGAGAGAAGGUGAAAGACGAAGGCGGUGUUGUUGAAUCGAAUGAGGGAGAGGCGAAAACGGGAGGGAAUGAGGAGGAGGAGGUGAAGAAGAAGAAUGUGGAUGAGAAGACACCCUCAGAGGGGAGUAAGGAUAGUGAUAUAACAGUGGUUUCGACUCAACCGUCUCGAGGAGAGGAGGAAGAGGAGGAGGAUCUUGGUUGGGAUGAGAUUGAGGAUCUUGGUAGUGAUGAUGAUGUUGGUGAGAAGAAAGGGAAGCAAACUGAGGGUGGUGGUGGGAGUCCGAGCAACCGGGAGGAAUUGCGAAAACGGUUGAGUGUUGCUGAGGAUGAUGAAGAUUUGAGUUGGGAUAUUGAAGAUGAUGAUGAACCUAUUAAGAAAAGUUAGAGAAGGGUAUGUUAUAGUGUUACACUUUGUGGUUACAUGAGCAUUUGAUUUUUAAGAAUGCAAUUGUUAUUUGAAAGCUCUGAUAUGCUUAUUGUCUAUUGUCAUGUAAUUGCUUAGUUUCAAAUAUAUGCAUUUAGUUUAAUUCUUUUGUGUGGUUUUAGUCCUUGAGUUCAUUGUAUAAAGUAUAUGAUUUGCUAAGAAUGCUUUGUCAUAAACGAUUCGAAAUUGAAUACGGAGUACAUUGCAAGAACAAGUAGUAGUAUAUUGAUUCAAAAUGUUGGAAUUUGAAUGAGAUAGUAAGGGUUGAGUUUUUCAGAGAA